AAUCAGAAAAGCUUGUGAGAAGUCCAAAACAUUCCUUCUGAAGUUCUUGAUUUACUGAGAGAAUACCCAAUUCGAUCAUCUUGAUUUUCAGUGAAUUAGGGUUUUUUUUGUUCUUCUUAAAAACAUCUGGAUGGGGGGGUUGUUUGAAGGGGCUGCUUUGGGAGCACUGUUUGGUCUAGUACUGAAACUUCUUGUGGAUGUCCAAAACAAGACCAUCAACUUCAAGUCCGAACUCGAAAGGCUUGUAUCAAUUCUGAAUGCACUCAAACCAAUCAUACGUGAUAUUGAGAAGUUUGACGGAGAAUUGGACGUUCUUGAGGAAGAAACCAAAAUGUUCACCGAUCUCUUGAAAAAGACGGCGGAGCUGGUCCGCAAGUGCUCAAAAAUUACUGGAUUGAAGUGCGUGAUGAGGGCUAUCUACUCAAAGAAACUCAUCAAAUUUGUAGCUUCGCUUGAGAGAUUCUUUCAGAUCUAUGUGCAAGCUCUGCAGACAAGAGAUAACAAGAAGAUUCUGGUGAAAGUGAAUGAACUAGAGAAAUUGUACGAAAACAUUCUGGUCAAAGUGUAUGAAAUAGAGAAAUUGGACGAAAAGAUGAACGAGAUAGAUGCGAAAUGGGAUGAAAAGAUGAAUGAAAUAGAUGCGCAAUUGGACGAAAAGAUCAUGGUGAAAGUGAAUGAAAUAUUUUUGGAUGAAAAUAUUCUGGUGAAAGUGAAUGAAAUAGUUGUGAAAUCGGUUGAAAAGAUUCUGGUGAAAAUGAAUGAAUCGGAUGAAAAGAUUCUGGCGAGAGUGAAUGAAAUGAUUAUGGCAAAAGUGAAUGAAAUAAAUGCGAAAUCGGAUGAAAAGAUUCUGGUGAAAUCGGAUGAAAAGUUGUUGAGAUAUAGGAAUGGUGGAUGGGUUUUUGAUUCGAACAUACCUCCAGCCAACCAUCUUCAAUUUGAUACAGUUGAAAUUAAAGUCAAAAUGGACUCUGAUGGAUGCGAAAGGGAAGUGAAGAAUUCUGGCAAGUCCAUGAAAGGUGUGAAAUCUGUGGAGGUUAACCAAAAGCAAAGCUGGGUAACAGUUAGUGGCUAUGUUGAUCCAAACAAGGUCUUGAAGAAAGUAGAGCGUACUGGAAAGAGAUCUAAAAAAGUGCCACACAAUGCUCGCAGUGUUUCACCUGACCCGUAUGUGCAUGGGCAGAGAUUUGAAGCCCCCAAUGCGGCUGAGGGAAAUAUCCCAGAUUCAUGUUUUGUGUUUUUUUAUUAUUUUUUGAUUUGUUUUUUGGUUUGUUUUUUUUUCACCCACAUGUCGUGUUGGGACUUAAACACUAAACGUAUGGACUUGAAUUUCACGUUUUUCUUUGGAAGAAAAUCUACAAUACUCGAAAAAUAUUUUGAUAUUUGGAACCCUCCCAAUUGAAACUUAGGUCUCUGUUUUAUUUAAUAAAUGGAGAAGUGGAGAGUUUUAAUAUAACUUAGAAACUUUGAUCGGGAGGCCAAGGUACCAAGUGUCCAAAUACCCACCAAAUAUUAUAGAAUUUCUCUUAUUUUGAAAGGUGAGAAAACACCAUUAAACUUUUGUUAUCCCGAUAAA